GACAACUUUCAUCUAGUUACCUAGCAUUGGACACCAAAACAUUACCGUGAACGGCUGCGAUAGACUGGCGCAUGGGUCAGAGAAACGAUGAAAAAGAAAGAGAGCCUAAUUCAGGUGUUUUGCCUGUUCUCAAUUGCCUUAGGAUUAGGCAUUGGGUUUGUGCUGAGAUUUACAAAGGUCCACAAAAGUAGGAUUUUGAAAGAGUGGAUCCGAAUGCCAGGGAUCAUACUUCUGGGUAUGCUUCAGAUGUUUGCUCUCCCGCUCAUUGUGACAAGCGUGAUUGGAGGAAUAACUGGAUUAAACACCAAACUGUCCAAGAAAGUGGCCUUGGUCACAGGAGCCUACAUCACUGUCUCUACCCUUUAUGCUUCAUCUUAUGCAAUGUCUCUGGUGCACACACUAAAGCCUGGUGUGGGAACAAAGGUCGAAGCUGACGAAUCGGAUAUUUUCAUUCCCUUCUCUAUGCAUGUGGUCGUCAUGGAUCUCUUGAGGAACAUGUUUCCAGAGAGCUUCUAUCAGGCUUUCUUCGAGCAGUACAAGACUGAGAUUCUUUAUGUUACAAAAGAUCAAGCUGUAUCCCCCAGGCCAAGCAAUGACACUGAGAUACGACUGGUAGGCUCCUACGUUCCUGGAGCCAACAUUCUAGGACUGAUCAUCUGGUCUUUCACCAUCGGCAUCUUGAUAAACGGGGCGGGAGACCAGGCAAAAACCACUGUGAAUCUCAUUCAAUACCUCAACGAUGCCAUAAGAAUCAUAGUCCACUGGUUCAUGUGGUAUUUGCCAAUUGGAGUUUUGUUCCUGAUCACAGACAGCGUGUUGGGUGUGAAAGACUGGCGAAUUGCCCUUAAAAUCCUGAAGUUUGCAGGGGUGGUUUGUAUGGCACAUGGAUGCUACGCCUUUUGUAUUCUUCCCAUAGUUUAUGUAGUGAUAGUCAGACAGAACCCCUAUAAAGUCUACAAGAAAGUCGCCAAGGCUAUCAUAACUGCAUUUAUCAUCGCUUCCAGCACCGCCACUCUACCUAUUGCCUUUCAAUGCUGUGAAGAGAAUGCGAAGGUCAAUAAGAAACUCACCCGCCUCAUCUUGCCCAUCACCGUCAGCCUCAACAUGAACGGGACAGUAAUUUACGAAGUGAUCGCUUCCGUCUUUAUUACUCAGAUAAGUGACAUCAAGCUGGACAUCAGCCAGACAAUCGGCAUUUGCUUGACUAGUGCCAUUGUCACCUUUGGAACUGCAGGGAUCCCAGCAAAAGGAGCUGUGACCACUAUCAUGGUUCUGACAUCUGUUGGACUUCCUGCAAAGGAUGCUGUCAUUCUGCUGAUAUUUGAAUGGCUUCUAGACCAUAUAACUACCAUGGUGAAUAUGAUCUCAAACAUGCUGGGUCUGAUUGCCAUCAAUACUUUUUGGGAAAAAGAGCUGGAACUCAUGGAAGAAAGAGAAAGGACUGAUAAGGUUCGUUCCCCCAGUGAGCUACAGCUGGACUUAACCUGUUUGGAGCCUGAGGGCGAUGUCAUCCCGUCCAACGCCUCUGCAUCAGAAUCCAUUUUACAGAAGUGAAGGGAUCAUCUCAGCAGCAUAUUAACACCAACGAGCUAAAACCUCGGGACAGUCAUGUCACCAUUCUGGGGUGUCUGAACUGAUCAUUUCCCUGUUCGCUUAUAGUUAUUACUAGUAGGAUGGUGCCAUAUCAAUUUAUUCAUCUGUAUUCAUUUUUGAUUUUAUUUCAGUUUUUGCUACUUUUAAAUGUUAUAUUUAUAUGUUCCUAAUGCAUUUAUGUGAAAAUUUUUAAUAAUCAUAAACAUUGUUAUGUGAUUGAA